CUUUAUUUCCUUUUACCUUAAAGCCCAAGCGGGUGAAAAACAAAGCAAUCCAAUCGAGGCGUGAUAUUUCCGGGUCCUAUGACUUAUCAGGUGGUUGUCCGGUGGGAGGAGAGGGAGAGGGAGCGUGUGCUUUCUGUUUGAAUACUUUCCUUACUCUCGUCCCUGAAUCCAAAACACGUCUGUGAGAGGGAGUAGAGGGGAAGUGGUUGUUCAAGGUUGCUUAAACUUUCCUCUAUCAUAACUGACAUUUGGCAGCAUGGCAGGCGGGUCCGUGUCGGAGUGUAAGGAGUAUUUGUUUAAAGUUUUGGUAAUCGGGGAACUUGGUGUGGGAAAGACGAGCAUCAUCAAGCGAUACGUGCAUCAACUCUUCUCGCAACACUACAGAGCGACCAUAGGAGUGGAUUUUGCGCUCAAAGUCAUCCACUGGGACAGCAAAACACUAGUGCGGCUACAGCUGUGGGACAUCGCAGGUCAAGAACGCUUUGGGAACAUGACCAGAGUUUACUAUAAGGAGGCAGUGGGUGCAAUUGUUGUUUUUGACAUUACUCGAGGCUCCACAUUUGAAGCUGUUUCAAAAUGGAAGCAUGAUUUGGACAGCAAGGUGAAACUGGCAAAUGGCAACCCUAUCCCUUCUGUCCUUCUCGCCAACAAAUGUGACCAGAAUAAAGAUGGAUCCAACAAUUCCACACUUAUGGACAACUUCUGCAAGGAGGCUGGGUUUUUGGGUUGGUUUGAAACAUCAGCUAAGGAAAACAUCAAUGUUGACGAGGCUGCCCGGUUUCUGGUGGAGAACAUCCUUCUCAACGAUAAAGGUCUUCCAUAUGAAGAGAACAAUGGUGACAAGAUUAAACUGGACCAACAAACAAUGCUUGCUGAGAGCAAGUCAGGUUGCUGCUAGUGUGGAUGCUCUUGUGUGUCCCAUCAUCUGCUGUGGAAAGGAGGCCAGGGACCGAGCUCAACAAAUCCCCCAGUCUCACCUCAUCGCAAACCCCUGCCACAGAUCACAUACAUAACCAGGGGUCAACAGUUUUGUGCUCUAAAACGGGAGAAGACAUCACUGCCAAAGGACAGAAGAUCAGAUGAAAACAUCUGAUGCUUUUAAUUUUUCUCUCUCACCCUUAUGUGCCUUGUUUGUCUUUUUUAAAAGUGUCAAGCAAGUUACUUCAAUAUGUGCUUGUAAUAUUGCUCAAACUAAUUAAACUAAAUGGGUGUCAUAGGACCAGGCAAAUAACAGUAAAAGUUAUUAGCCAAAAUUAGAUUAAACAAAUGCCUUUGUCUCAGAGGGUGAGUUGUUUUAAUGUAUCAUGGACUUUUUGCAUCUGCUGCUGGGAAUCGCAGUUCUCGAGAUGUCACUUUAUGGCAAAAUAGUACAUAUUCCCAGGGCAUUUAGUCUGUUGUGAAGAUCCAACCAUCAGUCUUGAAGCUCUUACCACAAAAUAAUUUGAUCAAGAAAAAAAUGAAAAGAAGAUUAAUUAAUGAGAGAACUGUAGGAAUCAUGGGCCUAUAAGCAUGUACAUGUUUGGUCCAGAGGGUAAGAUCAUGUUGGGUUUCUUCAGGCAUGUACAUGUACAUGUUAAUGUUAAAAUAUGUUUAUUAAUUGUUUUUUAAAUUGGUACUUAAUGAGGGAUCUGAACAUUUUUUCUGCCCAUGGCUUUAUUCUAGAAUUACCUGAAGGCAAACAUAUUUUAAUAUGCUGGAUUGAAUUUGUCGAGUUUGCAAAUAAAUGUUUGUUGCAGUAAUAAUGACAGAAUAAAACUUUUUAAACCGUU